UUUAAUAUUUAUCUCACGGUCAAGUUCUCACGUAAAAUCACACUCCGUGACGAAUCAAAUUAUUAUUAAAAAUAAUUAGUUAUUUAUUAUUAUUAAAAAAUUAGCGAUUUAUUUGUAUUUUCCCUGUACACUAGUUUCUAUUUAGUACCUACACGAUUAUUCUAUUCCGUUGUUAAUAUAUCGGAUAUCCCCACUAACCGACAGAUACGUUAUCAGUGGUGACCAAAAUCGUCGCAAUACCGAUUUCAAUCGUAUUCUAAAAACCUAUUUCAUAUUCCGUACGAAUCCUCCGAAACGUUUUAAGAAUUUCAACGUUCCAAUUUUCGCAAUAAUUUACUAAGUAUCUAGAUUUUUUCAUUCACCAUAUUCACUGUUUAGUGAACUUUAAUUAAAUUGUGGAUUUCUUUGUAUCCAGAACACAUCCGUUCUAUUUUCUCUAGAAUCAAUUUUUGAUUUUCGUUUCUUUCAAACAACGCUACAUUUUAUUUUAUUAUUAUUUAUCAUCGGUUUCUCGAAAAUGUCUUCUAACGUUGUUAACGAAUUACCCGAAAACGCACCGGACUUUGACAUUUACAGUAUAUGGUUUUGGAUGAAAGUGUUGUUGAACGGAAGUCUCGUAGCCAUCAUCACGUUUCUCUUGUUGAAAAUAUUUAAAAAACGUAAUGAACCCGUAAUUGAAGAAGAAGAAGACACGGUUUUGCCAAAAAUGAAGAAGAGAGAUUUUACAUUUCAAGAGCUACGUGAAUUUGAUGGUACCAAAGGCGAUGGACGUAUUUUAGUUGCAAUUAAUGGUAAAGUUUUUGAUGUUACUAAAGGAAAACAUUUCUACGGACCAGGUAACCUUAAUUAUCUCUAACACAAACAUAAUAUUUGUUUUUAAAUAACUGAAAACUACCUUAUAGGAGGUGUAUAUUCUACAUUUGGUGGACAUGAUGCUUCUCGCGGGCUAGCUACUUUUUCAGUUAGUGGCAAAGAUGAAUAUGAUGACCUGAGUGAUUUGAAUUCAUUAGAGCUAGAAUCUAUGUUGGAAUGGGAAACUCAGUUUAUGGGUAAAUUUACAGAAUAAUUUUAUUUUUAUAUUUAUUGACAACACUAAUUUAGUUAUACCUACGUAGUUAAAAAUUCUUGUCGUUAAAACCUCAAAAUAAUAUUAUGUAUAGUAAAUAAGUCUUACUUUUUAUACAAAAAAAAAAUAAUAAUAAAUCAGGUAAUUUGCAUCUAUUUGCAUUACUUUUCUGUUAUCUUGACUACCUAUAAUUUUCUAUCUCAACACUCUGAUUAAGUACCCAAAUCUAGGUAUUUAUUUUUUUCGAUUAAAAGUCCUACAGGAAUUUACAAAUUUAUUUUGGCCCCCAGUUACCUACUUCACAUAGUUUUGCUAACAAAUCGGUUGUUUGUUUUUUAUUAAAAGUUUGAAGCCUGCACUCAUAGCGAGCCAUACCUACUUUUUACUCACAUGCAUAAUCCAUCAGCUAAAAAUAUUUGUUACCCAAGUACAAGGUCAUGUAGGAUUUUAAUAAAAAUUAACCUCCGUUUGUUAGUAAAACCACAUUGGAUAGGUAAUGUGGGACCAAAAUAUUCACCUGCACUAGUUAAAGUAAUCGAACUGUAAUACCUAUUGGUAGUUUACCAUAUACAGGUAAUCAAGGUAAUUAAAAAGUAUUAAAUUUCUUAAAGAUCUCGUUUUAGCAAAUUAUCCAGUUAUGCCAGUUAUUAUAAUGAAUUUUAAAUAUGCAUAGGGGCAUAUUUUAUUUUAUUUUCUACUUAGUACCUAAUUAAAAUGUCAGUUAUUUGUAUGCAGUCAAAUAAUGUUACCAGUCUAGUAUUUGUACUUCUUUUAAUCUAUGUAUUUUAUAUUUACCUUCCUGUCUAUUCAAAAUAAAUAUACAUUUAAUUAGCAUUUCAUUAUAUGAAUAAUUUAAUAUCUAUUUUAUAAUUAUUCACCAAUUGUUUUUACCUACCAUUGUUCUACUAACUUCUUCCAAAGUCAUUAAAGCAUUAUAAUUUUUUUUAAGAAAAAAAGUUUGUCUAAUUUUUAACUAUAAGAUAAUAGAAACUGUACUGUGUUGAUAUUGUUCUACUAACUUUAAGAUUGCUAUUUUUUAAAUCCAACAUAAAUUAUAUUUGUAAGUUAAUUAACUGAUUAGCUAAUUAGAUGUGAAAUACCUAUUAAAAGUUAUUAUACCUUAAUAUUUAAAUAUUUGGUUGUGUGUUGUUAUGUUUAGAGAAGUAUGAUUAUGUUGGACGUUUAUUGAAACCUGGUGAACCUCACAGUUAUUAUACAGAUGAAGAAGGAAGUCCAACUAAUAAAUUACAUCUGGGUAACCCAAAACAAUGUGAAUCUGACCUACUCGAAACUAAUACUGAAAUUGACUCCUUGGAUAAAGAUGAAUUAGAAAACUCUGAAACUAAAGAUGAAAUAAUAAAUAAUAGUAACAAUGAUGAUCAGUUGUUAAAAAAUGAAAAUCAACAAUUAAAUGAUAUCAAUUCUUUAAAUGAAUCACCUAAAAAUGAUCAUAGUCACAUAUUAGAAAAAUAGUACACAUUAUUUAAAUUAACAUCACGGUAUUUUUUUUUUCAACUCUGGGGACUAUGAAUGAUUACAUUUAUAAGGUUUUGGGAUUUAUAAUGUACUGUAAUGGUGUUAAAGUCUUUGUUUUUGUACUUAAUAAUAUGACUGAAAUUAAUUAUUUUUAUUGAGUUUUAAUAGUUUUUUUUCGGGAGCUUCAUAAAAUAAAUAAAAAUGAAGUCAAAAAUAUUUUAUCCAUGUUCAAAAUAUUCAAUGUUUAUUGAAUAAAAUUAAAAGAAAUACAUUUUUAUUUUUUAUAACUAAAAAUAGAUAUAAGUUUUGUAAUAGUUAUAUUUGUAGAAGUAUUUGAAUGUAUCAUAAUGUUAAAAUGUGUGUUUAAAUAUAAGGGGAAGAUUAAAUACAUUUUGUUUCAAUUGUUUUUUAUUUGUAUUUUGUAUAAAUAAAUGCCAGAAAUAUUUUGUUAUGCAUCACAUAAUUGAACAAUGCACAUUAAUAGAAUAAAAUAUAUUAGCCUUUAUGAAAAAUAAAGUAUUUUCUAUACCAAUGUAAUAUUUUAAUGUUAUAAUCAUUCCUAGGAAUUAAAUAGAAAUUAUACUGUUGAUUGAAGAAGAUUUUAAUUAAAAAAUAAUAAUAAAUUAUCUCGUCACUAAUAAAAUAAUUUAUUUGCAUUCUUAUAUUGUCAGUGUGUUUUAAUUAAUUAACUAGUAAUUAGGAUUAUUCAUACAAUUAUAAAGCACACACAUUUUUAUUUUUCUAAAAUAUAAGAUGGUUUCAUAAAUUAUAGCUCUAAAAAUAGAUUUAUAUACACAAUGAUAAUAAAAACCUAAACAUGUCUAUAUGAACACAAAAC